UAAUUUGACACACAGCAUAAAGAAGGACCAAACCUUGCCUUUCCUGGGCUUCCUACUUCACCAUCAUGCCUGAUUCAUGCCAUCCGUUUUGGGGCAGCACUUACAUUCGUGAGCAACCGUCUACAAGAAUGAAAUGCGCUAGGAGGAAGAUUAGAACCAGAACACCGACAAGCACCCGGGAAGCCCACCCAGGACUGCAGCUACUGGAAAUGAGCCAGGGAGCUGCUCUAUGAAGGGCUGUUCUUGACCUCAGCACAUAUUGUGCUGAUAAAAUAUGGCUUGAGGGAUGUAUCAGCUUCACAGGGGAGCAGAGUCCAUUGGCUCAUACACUAUGGAAACUUUUUUCUGGCUGCUGGGAUCCACCUACAAAAAAUACUGCAGUUUGGCCCUGCCAGGAAAGUCAGAAAUUUCACGGGAGUGCAAUGCUGCAGGAGACAGGAAACGGAGCCAUUCUUGCCUGUCAGUCAGUCCCAUGGUGGAAGAAGGAGAAUGUGGACACAGUCCCCAGAAGAACCCCACAAGGCAGGUGUCCCUGGACUCCGUACAAGGGUUGACAAAAGGUCUAAAGGAGAAAGAGGUCUCCCCAAAGAGACUGCAGAUCCUUCUGGUGGGGAAAACAGGAAGUGGGAAAAGUGCAACAGGAAAUAGCAUCCUUGGCAGGCAAGUAUUUGAGUCCAAAAUCAGCGCUAGACCAGUGACCAGGACCUUCCAGAAGGGGAGUAGAGAGUGGGCUGGAAAGGAGCUUGAGGUGAUCGACACCCCAGACAUUUUGUCACCUCAGGACAAACCUGAGGUAGCAGCUGAAAAGAUCUGUGGAGUCUUGGCCUCUCCGGGGCCCCAUGUUGUGCUCCUGGUGAUUCAGGUGGGCAGGUACACUGCAGAAGACCAGGAAGCUGCCAGGCGCCUCCAGGAGAUCUUUGGAAAAGGGAUCCUGGCUUACACCAUUCUGGUGUUCACUCGGAAGGAAGACCUGGACGAGGGCUCGUUGGAAGAAUAUAUCCAAGAGAACAACAAUAAGAGCCUGGAUGAUCUGGAUGUUGCAUGUGAGAGGCGACACUGUGCCUUCAACAACAGGGCACGAGGGCAUGAGCAGGAGAAACAACUGAAGGACCUUAUGGAGAAAAUUGAAAUUAUCUUGUGGGAAAAUGAGGGCCACUGUUACACCACAGAACUUCCAAAUGUUUCCAGCAAAACAGUUUAACCACAGAGCAAGGUUUGAGGAGGAAUCCCUCAAGAACUCCUGGCUGGAAAGGCUGUCCCAGAUCCAGAUGGCCUCUGAGAAGACCUGAAGGUACCUGAUAGGGAGGGCAUCCAUACAAGCGCAGACUGGCCAUAAGCAGGAGUGUCUUAGUGAAGAGACACUAUGACCAUGGCAACUCCUACAAAAGAAAGCAUUUAGUUAGGGCUUGCUUACAGUUGCAUGGCAGGGAGCAUGGCAGGGAGCAUGGCGGCAGGCAGGCAGACCUGGUGCUGGAGAAGGAGCUGAGGGUUCUACAUCCCCAUCCACAGGCAGCAGGAAGGGGGAGACUCUGGGUUUGGAAUGGGCUUUUUGAAAUCCCACCCCCAGUGACAUCCUUCCUUAAACAAGGCCACACCUCCUAAUCCUGUCAAAUAGUGCUACUCCCUGAUGACCAAGUAUUCAAAUCUGUGAGCCUAUGGGGAUCGUUCUCACUCAAACCAGCACAAGAACAUUCCACCAGCAGCUGCACCCUGUGUCCAGCCCUUGUUGCCUGCUCCCUGGUCAGAUGCGGCAGUGGGGUGAGGCCUCAGUUCAGGGAUCCCAGGUGCAUUCUGUGUCCAGAUACAUAGCUUCUUUCUGAGCACAUGGGCACAGUGCCCUGACAGGGGAGCUUCUGUGUAGCC